GUCGUGUGCAGUUCUAUUAUCCUGAUGGCCGUCUUCGGGAAUCAUCUUUUAGCCCGUCCAUCACCAUUCCCUAUGCUGGCCUUACCUCCACUCAAAUCCCAGGCAGACUUGUUGGUUGGGGACCUGGGGCCAUUCUCACUUUACUAGAUGCAGAACUGAAACCCCUCGUUCAUGCAGUGGAGCCCAUGGAUAUCAGGGUUUGCAAGGUUCGGGAGCAGUCUAAUGAGCUAGUCUCAGGUGGGAUGGGAAAUAUAUGUGUGUGGGGUCUCACACACUUGGUGUGUCACAAACGGGUGAUGGAAGGUUUAGGGACUCACAUGGUGAUUACACAACUAGCUCUGGUCCCUAACAGGGCUCAAUGUGGCCCUACGGUACUGGCUGCAUAUGGAGGAGCUGUGGUUGUGGUUGACAUUAUAGAAGGACGUGUUGUGGACCACAUAAAGAACCUCCAUUUAAGAGAAAUCACAGGGCUGGUCUACUGCCCCCUUAAAGACAGUGUAGUUUCUGCAUCAGAUAUGACAAUCAGAGUGUGGGGACCUGACUGGGAGCUUCAAAUGUCUUUUGUUGGACACAGCGCUCUUAUCACCUCUCUAGUUCUGUGUCCCGUCUCUGGUCUGCUGUUAUCAUCUUCUCUUGAUAGUACUCUAAGAUGUUGGAGGCUAGACAUUGGAGACCAGGUCCAGGUUGUGUCUGUUCCUAAUGGGUACAUGCCUCCCCUGGCCGUGGGGGGUCCCGACAGUUCUGACUGGAUGGAGCCCUGGGAGGACCUAUCCGUCAAAUCUCGACCCCACCAUGCCCUCCUUCCCUCCCAGCAUGUGUACUUUGUAUUCAAGGAAACAGCAAUGUUACAAUUGUCGCAACCGAGACAGGCGAAGUGCUCACAAGAUUCCAAGCCAAGGGACGAAUAA